GACGUCCUGCCCUCGACAAUUCCAAGUAGCGAGUCUCUCAAACUUAUAAGAAGGGCGUCGAAUCCAGCUCAAUCAAGUCCAGAGCUCCAACCAUCAUCUUACGCACUGUUUCAUCAGCACUACCACUCCAAGUUCUUCAAAAUGAAGUCUUCUCAGCUUAGUCUGUUGAUCCUCCUCUUCCAAGCCGCCUCCAUUCAGGCCAAGAUGUACAAGAAGAAUAUCCCAACAUUCGAAGUAGGUCCUGAUGUGGUCAUCACCGACAACAAGAUCGAGUACGAUGACCCGGACUGUGAUCCCGGGUUUACAUGCAGAACAAGCAAGAGCUGUGCUGCGCCGGGUGCCGUUCCCACUCUGACCAGCGACAAGAAGUACUUUGCUUGCUGCUUGAAGGGACUGAACCUUCUUGGUAGCCCGGAGACAGCAUUCGACUGCUGUGCCGAGGGCCAUGACCUUGCUGGCUCCGCCGAAGUUGGUUAUAGAUGCUGCCCAACUGGACAGAUCUAUGACGGCCUGAUCUGCAAGCCGGUAUGCGAGAAUGGUAAAGUCCUUGUCGACGGCAAGUGUGUCUGCCCAAAAGACACAGUCGAAGGUCCGGGCGGGACUUGCCAUGAGCAAAUCUGCACUUCCGGAUUAACCUCUGGAAAAUGCUACACCUUCACCGCGCCCAACGGCAACACCCUAGGCUCCGGUGCCGACGGAAUCUACUAUGCCAAACCAGACGAUAUGAACUUCCACUACGGUAAAUUCCAGCUUUGUCUCGACGAGAAGUGUGAAGGCGAUCUCCCCCUCAACCCCCAGGACGGAGUGUACAUUAGAGACCUGUACGGCGACGUCAAAACCGGUGCAAACAAGGGCCAAUGGCUCAACAAUGCAAAGGAUGGCGCCCAUAUCGGCAAGACCAAAGAUUUUGCUUUAGCUGGCAAAUUCUCUUUGAGCAAGUGGCCAUGCGGAAAGUAUUGUCUUGGAGGCGUUGAGUGGGGUGUCGGUCCUGCUUGUCCUUCCCUGACACCCGCGAUUACCUUCUUCUCGCAGGAUCCGCAGAUGUGUACCGCUUUCGAUCUCACUGAGAUCCCUUGUGAUAUCAAGGCGCCUGCCAACAAUUGUAUCUGGAAGAGUGGAAAGAACCAGUGCUGUGGUAAGGUUGAUUGCAGUCUGUGAUUGACUACUCAGCGAGUGUGAUUUGCUAUUUAGCAGGUUUUACUUGCGUUCUUGCUCAUGUAGUGAAUGGGGGACACUGUUUAGUUUGGAGGUCUAGUUGAAGUCUUGAUAGUGGAGGUGAUAAUUGUAGUUAGCAGUUGGGCUAGUAAUUGAGGUAUCACUUUUUAUCACCUA